UUGACUGCCUUCAGGUCCUUCAACGUAAGACCCCGGCGCCGUAAACAAGCCGUCAGUUCGUUUCUCUACCAAAUCAAACGAUCCAUUUGAGGGAGUCUUUAUCGCUUGACUUGCAACCAACCGCGUUGUUAUGACAGAAGAGGAGAAGGAAUUGGAAAAACGUGCUGUUGAGGAGCUCCUGAGGGAGACCGACCGGGCUCGGCUGAGAGCCGAGACGAUGGGCCCCGCAGGAUGGCUAAAAUGUCCAUUGCGAGGCACCAACAAACGCUUCCUUCUCAACACCCUGCGUUCCACAAGCCUGCAACGUAGGCCCGGCGAGCCCAAAGAGGGACACUCAUCGCAUGGUCCGAGUCGGAGGUCCCCUAGUGGGAAGAGCCGCAGCCGGUCGCCCCCCUCCAGACGGGACGGCGGACACUCGCGCAAGCAUCAUCAUCGCGAGGACAUCUACAGCGGCGACGCCAAGAGGCGGGACAGAGAGCGGGAGCGGAGUCACAGACGUAAGGGCGAGCGCGAGAGGGACGUGACGUCGGAUGGACACUCGGCGGAAAAAGACAGGCGAACGUCAAAGACGAGGACGGGCCGCUAGUCCACUGGAACAAUAAUGGAUCCAUUUUCCACAGAAGCCCGCCCGCCCGCCCGCCCGCUCGUCCUUUUUAGGUUCUUGCCUCAUUCAAAUAAGAAAGUGCUCGUUAAGUAGCUCAGGGAGGACAUUGGCGCCAAUCACCAUUUUGUGCUGAUCUUGAUGUCAUUUUUCAUUUCAAUGCUGUGUUUUGGCAACAUUUAAGGACACACAGAUGGUUAAAAGAGCUCCCGCCAUCUGACUUGUUUACACGUUUUAUUGUUUGACGUAGUCGGGUAGAUGUGACUAUUUCACGUAAGUCAAGUCCGCUUCGUAAAUCGCGUUAUCCACGUGGAAGAUAUCUUCCUUUUGAACUACUUCCUUCCUUUCCCAAAGGACGUUCAAAUAUAAACGCCGUCCUGCCAGCCGCCGUUUGGCGUCACUUACUCUUUUAUUGCGUGUGUGAGUGCCCUAUUACCAUGCUGAGCGCUUUAUUGUCUCUGUUGAACAACUGUAACUUCACAAACUGGCAGUGGCAGUAAAACAGGGCAGAAUCCAGAUGUCGGGAUGAAGUGGGUUACCGUGUCCGUCCCUAUGUCCCUAUGUGAGGAGACUGCGGGAAGCGUCACCGCGUGAAAGCGCUCACAGUCAGUCGCCGCACGCAAAGUCGCUAAUUGAGUUCCAGCUUAAUCGACUAACCAGGAGAGGCCUUGCUUAAUGGGGCCUAACGCGGAGUGUACAUAGAGCAAGACUAAUGGCCGGUCAACAUGGUGCGAGCGCGCCGCCUCGGAGCUGCUAAGUGCUGUUAAAUGAGGCGUCCGCAUCGGCCGGCGUCACACGCCCUAACAAUUGGCCAAAAAGCUGCCUGAACCAACUUUUUGGGGGGAACAAAGAACUCAUUUGAUCAGUUUGGCAUUGGUACGGCUUUUAUUUUGCAGUGUUAUGUUCCUAUUCCUAUGAUUUUGAUCCUCCAACUAGAAGUGGAACUGACCAGCAACUUUUUGUCAAUUGAAGAUUUUACAUUGGAUAUUAGUUUUAUUGUGUAUUGCUCACCCUUCAUUCUUUUCUGUUGUCAUUCCCAUUCGCUUGACUCCCAGUUGAAGCCACUGCUAGUGACAGAAAUAAAAGAACUUUGAUUUGGACUGUUUAA